UAAUUAAACGUGUAAAUCGAUUGAUUUCCAACAGAAAAACCUGCCUUAUUCCCUCACCCCUUCCCUCCCCUCUCCCCAUUUUCGUAUAUUUCAAGAAAACAGGGAGAGAGGAUUCAACACCCUAAUCCAAAAUCAAAUAUUCUUUACAUAAGGAGAGAGAGAUUAAGAUUCAUAUAUAUAUCUAGCUAUAUAUAUAGAGAGAGAGAUAAUUCAAAACCCUUUCCAUUUCCUCAAUCGCCAUUUUCUUUUCUUUCUAUUUCACCCAUUUAUUUGUUCUUGAAUUUUCUAUUAUAACGUGGGUUUUUUUUCUGGGGUUAUCUCAGCUCCCCUUUUGAAAAUCUUUGUUUCUUCUCCAUAUGCACACUUAUUUGAUCACACACUACACCUUUUAAGUGGUUUCAACACUUGUGCAUUUUCAAACACUGAUUUUGCCAAAGUAUAUCUUUUUUGUUGCAGUAAUUUUUGCAUGUUCUUGUUAAAUCAUCUAUUGGUUUAAUUUGAUCCUAUCCUGCUUCAUUGUCUGGUUUUAAGCUCCUAAUCAUUUGAUUACUCACAUACAAAAUUUCAUAAAUAUCUAUAGCAUUAGCAUGUUACAAAAUAGUUGAUCACACAGAUGGGAAACAAAUGCAGCCUGAAUGCAAAGAUUGCAAAGAAUUGCUGGUUCUCCACAAUCUCACACACACUAUGGUGGGCUAAGUGGCCAGCCAUGCUCUCUUACCACCACAAGAAAGAUAAAGAGUUCACAACCAUACAAACCUAUGGUCCUCCCCCUCCCACUGUUCAGACCACCCCCCCUCUGCCCCUCAAGAUGGAAGAGGAGAAAGCCUCACAGCCCAGCCCCCCUCAGCCCCUCAAGAUGGAGGAGGAGAAGGUGGUGAUCACAGCCAAGGAAGACUCACCAGAAACUCCUACAAUGGCAGAAGCCCCCAAGCCCAAGAGACCUCCGGUUUUCAAGAGGGCAAUGAGCGCCGGCCUUGAGGUGGACUCUGUGCUAAGAACCAAGACAGGGCUGCUCAAGGAGCACUUCAAUCUGGGGCGAAAACUCGGGCAUGGCCAGUUUGGGACCACGUAUCUCUGCGUUGAGAAGGAAACUGGCAAAGAAUACGCCUGCAAGUCCAUUGCCAAGAGGAAGCUGCUGACUCAGGAGGAUGUGGAUGAUGUGAGGAGGGAGGUUGAGAUCUUGCACCACUUGUCGGGAAAUCCUAAUGUCGUCUCCAUUAAAGGGGCGUACGAGGAUGCCAUGGCGGUUCAUGUUGUGAUGGAGCUGUGUGGAGGUGGUGAGCUCUUUGAUAGGAUUCUUAAGAGGGGCCAUUACUCGGAGAAGAAGGCGGCCGAGCUCACUAGGACUAUAGUUAGUGUGAUAGAGACCUGUCAUUCUCUGGGUGUGAUGCAUCGGGAUCUCAAGCCUGAGAAUUUCCUGUUUGUCAAUGAGGACGAGGAUUCGCCAUUGAAGACCAUCGAUUUUGGAUUGUCCAUGUUUUUUAAGCCAGGGGAUAUAUUCUCGGAUGUGGUUGGAAGUCCUUACUACGUUGCUCCUGAGGUGCUUUGCAAGCAGUAUGGACCUGAGGUAGAUGUUUGGAGUGCGGGUGUCAUAGUGUAUAUUCUUCUGUGUGGUGUGCCUCCAUUUUGGGGAGAGACUGAACAAGAAAUAUUUGAUGAGGUUUUGAAUGGUGCUAUUGAUUUCACCUCAGAUCCUUGGCCUCAAAUAUCCGAGAGCGCCAAGGAUCUGGUGAGGAAAAUGCUCCUGCGCGAUCCCAAGAAGCGUAUCACAGCUCAUCAAAUUCUAUGCCAUCCUUGGGUGCAAGUCGAUGGAGUAGCUCCUGAUAAGCCUCUCGAUUCUGCAGUUUUAAGCCGGUUGACGCAGUUCUCAGCGAUGGACAAGCUUAAGAAAAUGGCUCUGAGGGUGAUUGCAGAAAGUCUAUGUGAAGAAGAAAUAGCAGGGCUAAGAGAAAUGUUCAAGAUGAUAGACACAGAUAACAGUGGUUACAUCACUUUUGAAGAGCUCAAGGCUGGGCUUGAAAGAGUUGGUGCUAAUCUUAAUGAAUCUGAGAUUUAUGAUCUCAUGAAGGCUGCAGACGUUGACAAUAGUGGCAGCAUAGACUACAGUGAGUUCAUAGCAGCAACGCUGCAUCUCAACCAGAUCGACAGAGAAGACCAUCUCUACACGGCCUUCUCCUACUUCGACAAGGAUGGGAGCGGCUUCAUCACACAAGACGAGCUCCAGAAGGCGUGUCAUGACUUCGGCAUCCAAGAUUCUCAUUUAGAGGAGAUCAUUCGUGAAGUUGAUCAGAACAAUGAUGGUCAGAUAGAUUACAACGAGUUUGUGGCGAUGAUGCAGAAUGGGAAUGCAGAUUUUGGGAAGAAGAGGAAUCUCAGUAACUUUAACAUUAAGUUCAGAGAGGCUGCCAAAGUUUGUUGACAUCAAAAACACUAAUGUUUAGUUUGACAAAUGGUGUCUUAACAUUUUUUCAGCAGCUUAAAAUUGUUUCAAGAUAACUACAGACUUCAACCCAAAAAUCGUUAUACUAGUUUAUUAUUUCUAAUAUUAACAACACUUCUCAGAUGCUUUAAGUUAUUUAAAUAAAAUACGAAAUGAAAC